UCAUCAAGAUCGUCAAAAUUUCGACUCGCUCUUCAUGAAAUUAAAAUAAACAUACAUAAAUGAAUAGAAUUUACUUAAUUUAGCGGGAUGUUCUCUGAAGCUAACAAAUCCAGAUGUUUUAGCUUAAUGCUUGAUUAAAGCGUUUACAUUUUGGUGAAGUGCUUGAACGUUAGCGAUAUUCUGCUGAGAACAAUCGGAAACCUUUCGAAAUAUCGGUAUAUAUUUAAGUAAUUAAUUUAAUUCAAAGUAAGGGAAACAUCGUAAUUUAAUGCAACUGUUCCGAAUACCCUAAAGUGUUAUUAAUUUGAUGCUUUAACUGGAUGUAAAUGGACCGUUAAAACUCUGCUCUGCUCGCCGAUGCCUGCGUUUAUCCAAAACCAAAAACCAGCCGCAGAGCAACGAACCCGCGACCGCCGAAACAUUUCAAAGACAAUCCACCAACAGCGGCAACACCGUCAACAGUCGGCCACACCACCAUCCAUUCACCAUUACCAUCACCAUCACCAACACCGUCGCCAACAGGACGAGGACCAGGACAAUGGAUCAACUCAAACUCAGACCUUGUAACUGCCUGACCGCACAUUCACUGACAGAGUGGGUGUGGGUGGAAUGUGGGCGGCUGUGCACCCUUCGUCUUGCCAGUUUUCAAAAAGGGUUGUCCGAAAAGGGUUGCCCCCGCACCCCGAUGCCUAUUGAUGAGGACUCGUGGAGCAAACGGUUUCGGCAUUUCCUUUUUGUUUCCGCCUGCAUCCUUUGGCCAAGACACGGACACCUUCCCAUCCCCCUCACGCUGCCACAAUGGAAAAUACAAUUUUCGCAAUCUUUGCUUAUCUUUUCAUCUCUCUGCGGCUGCCUCGUUUGCUGCACGAUUCGUUGUUGCUGCUGUUGGCCAUCCAGAAAAUCGGUAAAAAGCCAAGAUCUAGGGGGCGUGGCUGAUACGAAGGCGGAGGAGCAUAAGAAUGUGUUGGCCGUGUAUCCUUUGUUUGUCGGCAGUGCCGGUAAUGCCGAGUUGGAGCAGUAAGCUCUAAGCAUCGGUUAUGGGCGAGGUUCGCUUGAAAAAUAUAAACCCAUCUGGCAAGUUAAUAUUUAGUACUUCAAAAAUGGGGAAACUAUACUUUAUACUUUUACACGAUUUGAUCUUAUAGAGUCCUUAAUAUUUAUUGAAAAUGGCGACGUUCCAUUUUAUUUCCAAGUAAGAAAGAUAAUCAAGUGCACUUUUCAUGACUUACUAUCUUUAUUAUACUAUCAUAAAACUUAUAGCAUACUAAAUACUAAUACCAAUUAAAUUGAUAUGUGCGCAGAAAAUAUGAAGAUUCGUUACAAUUGUUAAAAAAGUCAUGAAAUGGAAUAUGUUAUAAAAAAUGAUGGUUAUUAUAAUGUAAGCACUUUUACUUCCUUAAUAUUUCUAUAUAAUUUAUGGCUAGCAUUAAGUCAUAACCCAUAGUGUACACUUACCCUAACGUUUUUAUUUUGGAAAUUUUUACUGGCCAUGAAAUCAUAGUGACAUCCUGAAAGUUGCCAAUCUCCCGUAAGUCAGUCUGCUCUUUGGGGUUUUUGUAUUUCUUAUUGCCGUUCGCCGUUUUAUUGUUGUCAUAAUGUGGUGGCCUGUUGCCGCUCGUCUGGCCUGUAUUCCCGUGUUUCUUGUAGUACUUUGGAGCUAUUGCCACUAUUGACUAGCUGCUGCCGCUCCUCCGCUCCUUGCAUUUUCUCAUUUCUGCAUUUUUUAGUGCUUAAUGCCAGGACACGGACACAGAGCAGAAACUGCUGGGAAUCUGCUUGCUCGCCCAGAAUUUCCACUCCUUUACUGCAUUUUUUAUAGGCAACACACAAAGGUGUAUUUUAGUUGCCAUGAACAGGGAUUGCAUACAUUGUUCCUGUUCAGCGGGCUUUUGCCCGUGUUUCCUGGCUGCUCCAUGCGUCAAAUGAGGAUAUUCAAUUUGAACUUGAUAUGCAUUUUAUGUUGUUGCCCCCGGAGAAACUGGAUGCUCAACAAGCGUAUUGGAAAUCAGAGCAAUCAUCAUCCGAUGGGUCAAGGGUCUAAGGAUACGGCUUGGAUAUGAGCGAUGCAACCGCAUUUACAUAUAAACUCGUAUUCAGCUUAUGCCUGGGAAUUAGAUAAUUCCACAGAAAGUAGUUUUUAUUGUGCAGAGCGGAGCAAAACAAUUGCUAAAAAAAGCAAAGCGAAUAAACUUCACUGCAAAAAGAUUUAUUAGGUGCAGAGAUGCAUUUAUUGGACGUCAGAGCAAAACGCCGCACUGAGUGCGAUGCAAAAUAAAUUAUUUACUCGAAUUACACCUGCUAUGCCCGCAAUUCACAAAGUCUCACGUUUCGACUGCAAUUUUACCCUGCUCCUGCUCCUGCUCCUUCCAUCGAAAAUGGAAUCCUGAAUGCCUUCGCCUAACAAUACGCACGCAAUUACCGCAGGACGAGCAGCCGAAAAGGGCGAAAACUUCAACUCCCAAACGCUUGACGAAAGUUUCACAGUUGUCCUGAUGACGACCAUGAUGAUGAUGAUGAUGAUGCUGGUGGCGAUGGCUAUGACGAUGGCGCUGGACAAACUUUUUCAGGGCUCUAAUUGCCCAAGUGGCUUUCGAGUUCGAGUUCGAGUCGAGCGUCGCCACGUAAUGGAGAAAGGAGCCCCAAACUUUUGCCCAAUUCAGCAGAACUGCGAGCACAACAUCUUCUUCUGCCGCUGGACAGGAUACCCCGUCUCCACUUCUAUUUCACUCACAAAAUGCACAAUCAAAGCUGACCGUUGGCGUUAUUAACGCAAAUGAAAGUGGUGCAAUGCCCCUACACCUGCGGCCAAAAUAGUAGUUACAUAAAACAUAACUUCAGCAAGGAACUAGAGAACUAGCUUCUUGCAAUUCAUUAUUUUUAGCUUGUUUAGUAACUUGCAUUGAGAAAUAAUCAGUAUAAAAAUGGAAAUUGAAAUACCAUUAAAUUGCUAUUAGCAUGGAUUUAUGUAG